UAUAAGAAAAUGUUGAGUUACGCGAACGACUGGAUUACAAAAUAACCCGAAAUGCAUGAUAAUUAAGUUAUGAAAAAUAUGAUAAUAUUGGCAAAUAUUCUCUUUUUCAUCUGUUGAAGCAGACAUUUGGUAAUGUAUGUCGGCGACUCUUGUUCGCUCUCAAUCGCUAAUACUGUGUGUCUGUGUGUGUGGGAAAAACCAACCCAUGAAAGCUUGGUUUCAUAAUUCAUACAGAACCGAACCCUACACUAACAUUUAUUUAUUCAUUUGCUCUCUCUCUCUCUACAUGUAUAUAUGCAUUUACUAGCUCUCAUUUGUGUGCUUGUCUCUACUGUUGCUAGCUACCUAGUCUCCAGUUAUAACCUUCUUCAAUUCCUAUCUCAAUCUCUAUCUCUUCCUAUUUCUCACUCCCCAAUCAUACUAUCACUUCAUAUGUAUUUAUCUCUUCAAUCCAAAAAAAUGCAAAACAAUAUUGUCCGCUUCAACACCCCCUGCUAUUCUACUUUCCCAAAUUAAUUCGCAUCUACUUGAUUUUGAGGUUCCCAUAUUCUUUUUAAUUGAUGCUCUUGUGGCUUUCUUUCUCUCUCUCUCUAGGGUUUUGCUUACACUAAUUAGUAGGUGUGGAGGGUCCAUUUGGUGGUUUGUGAUUGGUGAUUUGCAUAAAGAUAUGUUGGGGUCAUUUGGAUCAUCAUCCCAUGAGGAGGAGGAGGAGCCGUCUCCGCCAAAUGUGUAUCUCCACCAGAUCCAACCUCGGAGCUUGGCGUCGCCGCCCAUCCACAUGCGCCAGCUCCUCAUCAGCUGCGCGGAGCUGAUCUCCCGCUCCGAUGUCUCCGCCGCCCACCGCCUGAUCGGCAUUCUGGUCUCCAACUCGUCGCCCUACGGCGACUCCACCGAGAGACUAGUCCACCAGUUCACCAAAGCCCUGAGGCUCCGGCUGAACCGCGGCGAGCAGGGAUGCAAUGACGAGGCCCUGCUGCAAUCGUCGUACCUGUCUCUCAACCAAAUCACCCCCUUCAUUAGGUUUAGCCAGCUCACCGCCAAUCAAGCCAUCUUGGAAGCAAUUGAGGGGCAGCAGGCCAUCCACAUCCUCGAUUUCGACAUCAUGCACGGCGUCCAGUGGCCGCCGCUGAUGCAGGCAUUGGCGGAGCGCUUCCCUCCGCCCACGCUCCGCAUCACCGGCACCGGCACCGACCUCGACAUCCUCCGCCGCACCGGCGAUCGCCUGGCCAAGUUCGCGCACUCGCUAGGGCUCCGCUUCCAGUUCCAGCCGCUCAUCAGCGAUGAAUCCAUCUCGGUGACGUCAUCCGUGGUGCUCCUCCCCCACGAGACCCUGGCGGUGAACUGCGUGCACUACCUCCACCGCCUGCUCAAGGACCGCGACCGCCUCCACCUCUUUCUCCACCGCAUCAAGGCCAUGGGCCCCAGGGUGGUGGCGCUGGCCGAGCGCGAGGCCAACCACAACCACCCUGUCUUCCAGCAGCGCUUCGUGGAGGCGGUGGACCACUACGCCGCCGUCUUCGACUCGCUGGAGGCGACCCUGCCGCCCAACAGCCGCGAGCGGCUGGGCGUGGAGCAGAUAUGGUUCGGGCGGGAGAUCAGCGACAUCGUGGCGGCGGAGGGCGAGAACAGGAAGGAGCGGCACGAGAGAUUCCGAUCGUGGGAGAUGAUGCUGAGAAGCGCGGGAUUCGGCAACGUGGCGCUGAGCCCCUUCGCGCUGUCGCAGGCGAAGCUGCUGCUGCGCCUCCAUUACCCAUCGGAAGGCUACCACCUCCACAUCCUCAAUAAUUCCUUCUUCUUGGGAUGGCAGAAUCAGCCCCUCUUUUCGGUUUCCUCUUGGCGCUAACCCUAACCCUAAUGCAUGGAUUUUCUGAUCUGAGCGACCUACGGAGGAACCUAAUUUCUUCCAUUCGCUCCAUCAGGUUUUCUUGGACUGCUCAAAUAUUUUUAUUCUUAUAUAUAUAUAUAUAUACUAGUGCUGUUAUUUUUUUAAUUGCACUACUACUUUUGUUCAAAUUAUUAAACUUUUUAUUAUCAAAGAUUCGGAUCUUGAGGA